UGUGUCGCCGCCACUGAUGCAGUUGAAUGGCCAAUUACAGCUGAUAAGAUAAAAGCAGAGAGAAACAACUGCACUAUAAUCUGUGAUAGAACAUAAUUGGUUAUUAUUGUGUGGGAAUGUGGGAUUGAAGAAUACAGAAUGAUGAACUUUUCAAAAAUUAUGUUUGUCUCCAGGAAUUAUAUGAGGCAUUAUUCAGUGGAAAGUAAAGAACUAGUGGUAGAAAAACUUACUGAGAAGUAUAGCGGUGUGACAGUGAUCGGAAUGAAUAGGCCGGAGAAGAAAAACGCAUUGGGUUUAAAUUUAGUGAACAAAUUGGAGCUGGAGGUUGAAAGACUUAAUUCCGAUGAAAAAGCGAGAAUUUUAAUUAUACGGAGCUUAGUUGAUGGAGUAUUCUGUUCUGGGGCCGAUUUGAAGGAAAGGUCAAAGAUGACUAACCAUGAAAUAACACUGUUUUUACACAAACUAAAAUCGGUAACUAAUAAGAUACAAAAUCUUUGUGUACCAGUUAUUGCAGCAAUGGAUGGUUCAGCAUUCGGUGGUGGUUUGGAACUAGCUCUAGCCUGUGAUUUACGGAUAGCUUCAAGGUGUACGAAACUUGGUUUGGUAGAAACCAAACUUGCUAUUAUUCCUGGAGCCGGUGGCACCCAGAGAUUACCACGCCUCGUCAAUCCGGCCAUAGCUAAAGAACUUAUUUUCACUGGAAGAGUAUUGGAUGGUAAACAAGCGGAAGAUUUAGGAAUGGUGAAUCAUGCAGUGGAACAAAAUACAAGUGGUAAUAGUGCUUACAUGAAAUCGCUGGAAUUAUGUGAGGAGAUUCUUCAAAAUGGUCCGGUUGCUUUGAAGAUGGCCAAGCUAGCCAUAAAUAGAGGCUUGGAGACGAAUAUUGAUACUGGAAUGGCUAUCGAAACCGCGUGUUAUGCGCAACUAAUCCCGACUAAAGAUAGGAUAGAAGCUUUGGAGGCAUUCCAAAACAAAAGGAAACCCAAUUUUAGAGGGAAAUGAAAUUUCAUAAGAAAAUGUUCAUAAAUAUACAAUUGGAAACGUU